AUGGAGAUAAGAGAUUUAAUAGAGAAUAAACAAUAUGAAGAUAUUAUGAAAUUAGACAGUCCUUUAUAUGACCCUUACAAAUGUAUAGCAGCUAUAUAUUUGGGUGAUUAUGUAAGUGCUGUCAGAUAUUCUAAGAGAAGAUCAUUUCAAAGAGCAUAUGGUUAUUAUAAGUUUAAGAAGUAUUCUAAAGCACUUAAAACACUAAAUAAAAUUAAAAAAAGAUCCUUGAAAUGUAAAAUACUGAAAUCUCAAUGUCUUUAUUAUAAAGGAUGUUAUAAAGAAUCAUUUGAGAUUCUUAAUAGUCUAAAAGAUAAAGAUUUAAAUGAAGAAGGAUUUGUUAAUCUUGCCAUAUUGAAAGCUUUAGCUGGUGUUGAUACAGAUAGAGUUAGUGUGAUUAAAGAUGCUAAUUUUAAAUUACAAGAACUUUAUAAUAGUUUAUUUAAAUAUGUUGAUAAUGAUGAUUUGUUUAUAGCUGAGUUAGAAGAAUUAGACAAAGAAUUUGAUGUUAGUGAGUCAGUUGUUAAAAAACAAAUAGCUAAUUUAAAAAAUGAAAAUUUAAGUGAUUUUAAUUUUUCAUCAAAAGAACAUUCUAUUAUUAAUUAUAAUAAUCACAAUGGAAGUGUUGAUUGUAGAAAUUUGUUAAAUUUCCAAAAAGAAGUUUUUAUACAAAAUACCUUUUUUAAUUCCAAAACAAGAAAUUUUAAAGAAAAUAAUAGACUGAUGUUACUUAAUAAAGCAUUUGAUGCUGUAAAAAAAUUUAGUGAGGAAAAAUCUUUUAAAAUAUUAGAAAAGAUUUUAGAUAAACAUUCUAAUAUUCUUUUAAAUUCAGAUAUUGAAUUAUUAAAAGGUAUACUUUAUAAGAACUUUGAAAAGUCUUUAGAAAUAAUAAAUCUUCAUUAA